CAACCUCAGGUGACAGAUAUCCUUGAAGCCGAAAGCCCUUGAGAUGCGGGGUUUGGCGGGUUUAAAAGGUGAAUGUUGCUGCUGGAAUUGCGACACCAUGCUCAGUUGACUUCGUGCUCCUGUGGUAACAUCUUUAGUAAUCGAUACUAAACCAACCCAGGCUACAACCUGGUAAACACGUUCAGGAUGACGAUCCCAGACGAGGUUGAUAUCAUCGUUUGUGGUGGAGGUAGUUGUGGAUGUGUUGUCGCUGGACGGUUGGCCAACUUGGACCACAACCUCCAGGUCCUCCUGAUCGAGGCCGGAGAGUCGAAUUUGAACAACCCAUGGGUUUUCCGACCGGGUAUCUACCCGCGUAACAUGAAGUUGGACAGCAAGACUGCCUCCUUCUACUACUCACGACCUUCGGAAUGGCUCGAUGGACGCCGAGCUGUCGUACCUUGCGCACACAUCUUGGGAGGUGGGUCCUCCAUUAAUUUCAUGAUGUACACACGUGCUUCUGCUUCCGACUACGAUGACUUCCAGGCCAAGGGCUGGACCACCAAGGAGCUCAUCCCUCUCAUGAAGAAGCACGAGACCUACCAGCGUGCCUGUAACAACCGGGAUAUCCACGGAUUCGAGGGCCCAAUCAAGGUCUCUUUUGGCAACUACACUUACCCCAUCAAGGAAGACUUCCUGAGGGCCACUGAAUCCCAAGGUAUUCCUACCACCGACGAUCUUCAGGAUUUGGUCACCGGCCAUGGAGCUGAGCACUGGCUCAAGUGGAUCAACCGCGACACUGGACGUCGUUCUGACUCUGCCCAUGGCUACAUCCACAGCACUCGUGCCGUGCACCAGAACUUGCACUUAAUGGUCAACAACAAGGUCGAGAAGGUAGUGCUUGAAGGCGACCGUGCUGUUGGUGUUAAGGUUGUUCCCACCAAGCCUCUUUCGCCAGGACAGUUGACAUCCAGGGUCAUCAAAGCCAGGAAGCAGAUCAUUGUCUCCGGAGGUACUCUCAGUUCACCACUCAUCCUCCAGCGAUCUGGUAUCGGUGACCCCGAGAAGCUCCGCAACGCCGGUGUCAAGCCUCUUGUCGACCUUCCCGGUGUUGGUCUCAACUUCCAGGACCAUUACCUUACAUUCGCGACUUAUCGUGCUAAGCCACAUGUCGAGUCCUUCGACGACUUUGCCCGUGGUGACCCUGCAGUUCAGAAGCAAGUCUUCGAGCAGUGGAACAUCAACGGUACAGGCCCUCUUGCAACGAACGGCAUCGAAGCUGGUGUCAAGAUCCGCCCUACAGAGGAAGAGCUCACCAUGAUGGACAAGUGGCCAUGCCCAGAGUUCCGAUCCGGCUGGGACAGCUACUUCAAGGACAAGCCCGACAAGCCAGUCAUGCACUAUUCCGUCAUUGCUGGUUGGUUCGGUGACCACAUGGUUAUGCCGCCCGGCAAGUUCUUCACAAUGUUCCACUUCCUCGAGUACCCAUUCUCGCGUGGUUCGACUCACAUCACCUCGCCUAACCCUUACGAUGCUCCGGACUUCGAUGCUGGUUUCAUGAACGACAAGCGUGACAUGGCACCUAUGGUCUGGGGAUACGUCAAGUCCCGUGAGACAGCGCGCCGCAUGGACGCGUACGCUGGUGAGGUGCAGUCCAUGCACCCGUUCUAUGCAUUCGACAGCCCCGCUCGCGCCAACGACAUGGACCUCGCCACGACCAACGCUUAUGCUCUUCCCGGCAACAUCACCGCCGGUAUCCAGCACGGCUCCUGGACCAUGCCCAUCGAGAAGGGCAAGGUCCCCAGUCCCAGCUUCCUCAACUCCAACUCGCAGCACGUGCUUGAUGAUCUGCACUACACCUCCGAAGAUAUCAAGCACAUUGAGAACUGGACCAAGCGCCACGUUGAGACCACCUGGCACUCACUCGGCACCUGCUCGAUGGCGCCCAAGAAUGGCAACAGCAUUGUCAAGCACGGCGUGCUGGAUGAGCGCCUUAACGUGCACGGCGUUAAGGGCCUCAAGGUUGCUGAUUUGUCGAUUUGCCCUGACAACGUCGGCUGCAACACGUACUCGACUGCGCUGCUCAUUGGUGAGAAGUGCGCUGUCUUGACGGCUGAGGAUCUGGGCUACAGCGGUGCUGCGCUUGAUAUGAAGGUUCCUACCUACCAUGCACCGAGAGAGGUUGUUGGCUUGAGCAGACUGUAGAUAAUUGAUAGGUU